AAGAUACGGACACCGUCAGCGAGAGGGAUGAAUUCGGCUUUGACUUAAAUAGUGUGUUUAUGUUUGUUUUUUUCUUUUCCUUUUCUUUCUCUCGACGCUGUAAGUCGAUGACGGCAAGUCAGGGCUAUAUCGCGGGCUCGGACAUCACCUCUACCGGGAAGGAACUCGUUUACGAUGCCCCAGUGUGCUGUUACGCGCCGCUGAGGAAACGCCAGUCUCCCCGUGUUGGUAAAGGCUGCGGCAUAUUCAGCUCUGCAAGACCCGUCAGACCAUGAACUACGUGGGCCAGUUGGCAGGCCAGGUCUUUGUCCAGGUCAAAGAGCUGUACCGAGGCCUCAAUCCCGCCACCCUUUCCGGCUGCAUUGAUGUCAUUGUAGUGAGACAACCCAAUGGCUCCCUGCAGUGCUCGCCCUUCCACGUCCGCUUCGGCAAAAUGGGCGUCCUCCGGUCCCGAGAGAAAGUGGUGGACAUGGAGAUCAAUGGCGAACCAGUGGAUCUACAUAUGAAGCUUGGGGACAAUGGAGAGGCAUUCUUUGUGCAAGAAACAGAAAAUGCUGAGGAAGUGGUUCCCUCCUACCUAGCCACCUCUCCGAUCUUGUCAGACGGGGCCGCUCUGAUGAGCUCCUCCCUGAUGGGGAAGGGCCCUGGGCCACCCGUACAGACCCUGGGCUCCACGGGGAGCAACGGAGAGACCGGCGGCGGAAUGAUGAAGAAGAGGAGGAAGAGGAGGAGGAAGGCUUGGGCGGAGAGCGUGAGGAGGGAGGAGAGUGGAGACUACACUGAGGACGAAGACAUGUUCACCAUAGACAUAAGCUCGGAUGAAGGGGCAGAGAUGGAGAGCAACAGGUCUUCAUCUCGGGAUGUGUUAAGAGAAGAGACAACAGUUGGUUCAACUAGCAGUUCUUACAAACAGCCUGGCAUCUACACCCGUUCAGAUGGAGAGUGGAGUCCCAUCCGGAGCCCUGGAGACUCUCGUCCCACUUCUCCCAAGAGUGACUCUGAACUAAUGACCAAGCCGUCAGAGGCAGACAACCACAAUCCAGCCAUGCACUGGGCGUGGGGAGAGCUGCCACAGGCUGCCACGCCAUCCUUCCUCCCAGUGAAACCUGAACCUCCACCAGUGUGCCCUGUAUCCAUCCCCUUGUCUGAAAGCACACAUUUCCGUGUGAUUACUCAUAAGACGUCUUCAGAGCAGUGUGGACCCUGCUCUGAAAUAUCGGCCCUCAGGCUGCUGAUGUCGGAGGAGACCGUAGUCACCGAAGAAACAGUCGUCACAGUUGGGAUGGAGUCAGAAUCCACGAGGAUGAAGUCCCAGGCGGUGACUUCAGAGACGCAGGCUGCAACAGCAGGAAGUGUGGUGGCUCAUAUGAUGGCUGACAUGGAGGAGACGAUGUCGCAUCCACUCAACAAGACUGACUCUCCAUCCAAGAGAAAAGACAAGAGGAGCCGCCAUCUGGGUUCUGAUGGAAUUUACCUGGACGACAUCACAGAGCUCGAGCCUGAAGUGGCGGCCCUUUAUUUCCCUAAGAGUGACAGCUUCGCUUCAGUGAGGAGCAUCUCAGACCCGGGCCUCCACAGCACCAGUCUGUCCCCUCAGUCGGUCAGCUCUGGAGGAGACAGCGGAGUGGACAGCUACUGUGACCCCAUGUCCGACUUGCCGUCAAUCGCCAUCUCUCUCUGUGGGGGACUGACUGACAACAGGGAGAUCACUAACGAGCAGUUCCAUGAGAAGAUCAUCUCCUACCAGCAGUUCGCAGAGAACCCCUCCAUCAUCGACGACCCCAACUUAGUUGUAAAAAUAGGCUCCAAGUACUUUAAUUGGAGCACUGCGGCUCCGCUUAUGCUGGCUAUGCAAGCCUUUCAGAAACCUCUGCCAAAGGCUGCAGUGGAAAGCAUCAUGAAGGAGAAGAUGCCCAAGAAAGGAGGGAGGUGGUGGUUCUCCUGGAGAGGCAGAAACAGCAGCGUCAAAUCAGAUUCAGUCUCUGAGCACGAGGCCUGUGGCUCUGCCGGGCAGGCUGGGAAAAUGGCAAGCAGGCAUAAAGAAGAAUCGUCCUCAAGUGAUGAAGACCAUAGAGCAGCCAACCAGAGCCCGCCCACCGCCCAAUCAGAGUCUGGGCUCGCACCAGGAGGCGUGUCUUAUAAGAAAACACUACGACUCACGUCAGAGCAGCUGAUGUCUCUCCAGCUGCAGGAUGGUCCUAACGAUGUUGUGUUCAGUGUGACCACUCAGUACCAGGGGACCUGUCGCUGUCAGGGAACCAUCUACCUCUGGAACUGGGACGACAAGAUAAUUAUCUCGGACAUAGAUGGAACCAUCACCAGGUCAGACACAUUGGGUCAUAUCCUGCCCACGCUGGGGAAAGACUGGACCCACCAGGGCAUUGCACACCUCUACCACAAAGUCAGCCAAAAUGGCUACAAGUUCCUGUACUGCUCAGCUCGAGCUAUCGGCAUGGCCGACAUGACCAGGGGAUACCUCCACUGGGUUAAUGAGAGAGGCACCAUGCUUCCUAUGGGCCCCGUUCUUCUGAGCCCCAGCAGCCUCUUUUCAGCUCUGCACAGGGAAGUGAUUGAGAAGAAACCGGAGAAAUUCAAGGUGGAGUGUCUCACUGAUAUCAAGAACCUCUUCUACCCCAACACACAGCCUUUCUACGCAGCGUUUGGCAACAGACCAACGGAUGUAUACUCCUAUAAAGAAGUAGGAGUGCCACUGAACAGGAUUUUUACAGUUAACCCCAAAGGUGAGCUGGUGCAGGAGCACGCCAAGACCAACAUCUCAUCCUACGCACGUCUAGGUGAGGUGGUGGACCACGUGUUCCCCCUGAAGAUGCGAGCCUCCUCCUCGGACUUCCCCUGUUCAGACACCUACAGCCACUUCACGUACUGGAGGGAUCAGCUCCCCCAGGUGGAUCAUCAGGGAACUACACCUCCACAGACUCCCAGCAGCCCCGGCAGCUGACUACCCGUGGCCUGUUGAGCCCCCCCCUGGUGGGCGGAGGGACUGACGGACUGACGGUGCGCUUGAGAUGUAGCAGUCAUUUCGACAGUGAUGGUUACGUGUGUGCAACAUGAAUUUGUAGGUUUUCGUAAUAGAUGGAGCCCUUUUUCAGUGCACAGUAGAGAGUCAACCCAGUAGGCCAAUCAGCUGUGAAUGGUCUUAUAACGCACAAUAUGGACAUAAGUGCACUUUUAUCAUAAGAUGUAUGUAUAGAUGUAUGUAUAUGAGGAAUGAUAGUAAUUUAUUCAGGCAGCUUAUCACAUAUAUUAUUUUGGAGUGAGUGUUGACAUUAUUUCAGUAGCUAGACUUUCUAUUUAUGCACACAGUUUCAUACUGUAUUUAAAAGACAGUGUCUAUGGCAUCUCUUUAUAAGCACUUCACACAGAACACAUGUGCAUACUUCAGAAAGCGAGUUACUUAAACUUGUGCCAAAUGUGGAAUUUAUUUUCUUACUCUGAACUUUUUUCAGUCAGGACGGUUAUAGAGAGUCAGUCAGCAUGGAAACGCAAACACACGCAGGCUUCUUUUACUUUAUGGCAACAUGUGUGUCAUUCUGUUUGAAAAAAAAAACAAGUCAGUAUUAAUCACUGAGUACAUUAAAAUGUAUUACAGAGCACAAUGAGUGAAUGAGCGUCGAACAAAAGGUUCGUUAUAAAGGCAGUGUAAAUGAAUAUUUAUUGUUGGGACAAAGUAAUGCUGACAAGAAAAGCACAACCUUUUUAAUAUUCAUAAUCAUCAAUUUUCUCGAAAACUCAAAGGUACGGCACCUGCAUCUACGAGAAGAAUUGCUGAAUCAUUUUGUUUUUGUAUGCCAGUCACACUGUGUAAUGUGUUUUGCUCAGAAUUUCUGUGGUGGCCUUUAUGCGCCUUAAGUUUAGACGAAAACAAGUUGAUCACCUCACCUAUGUGACUGUUAGAUUACACUCAGUUUCUUAAAGCAUGUUAUAUUUAAAUCACCCGAGGAGCAAAUGACUGAUAUAAAAAUGCAGCUUACCAUUGGUUCUUUUACCUUUUUUUUUGUUUCUGCCAUUCCUUGUGGAAUAUCACUCAAAGCAAAACCCCACUCUGAAAAUCCUUCUCAGACUCGCCACAGUUUAGCGAGGACAGUAGGCCACGGUAUUGAAAUGAAUGUCUGACCUUUUUCUAAGUUACAAAAAUUUGAAGAGAAAUCCUUAUUUCUUACAAUGCCACAGAAAAUAUGAGGUCAAUAGCGCGAGCUGCUAUCAUGGUGACCCGUAUCAUCGGCUUUAUUGUGAAUAAAACCACCUGAAUAGUAUGAUAACGUUACAGUAGGUGUGACUGAGCCGAUAGUUCAUGAGAGGCUAUUUAUAUAAUACCUUAACAUGGUUAUUAUUCUUUCUGUGAAAGAGAUAAAAUGGCCUGAAAGUUUUAUUUUUGCCUUAACUGUGAACAUGAUCAGUAAUUUGCUCAUUCAACCCCCCCCCCCCCCGUUGACCAGCUCACUGUUUAACUGGUGUAAUCAAACU